AUAUCUAUUGACUAAUGCCUAAAAUGCAAACAACCCGUUGAAGUUCCAGUAUUACGUUCAAAUUAUAUUCAAUAAAUAAAUUAGUUCUGAAGCUCUAUUUCAAUGUCAGGAACGUGUUACUAAAAACAAAGGCACACAUGACAGACGCAGGCGAAUGUUGCGUGUGCGAGGCUCCUCCUGAACAGCCGCAACUUUCCGAAGAGUUCCAGCGGCUUGCCGACGACUUCUGGCAAUGGUUGCUUCAGGAUCGGCCGGAGUUUGCAACGAGUGUGGGCUUCCAUGACUUCGACCACCGCCUCACGAACAUGUCCCUAGCAGCGUACGACAAGAGACUGGCGGACGUGGAACAGUUCCUAGCCAGGGCCGAGACGCUAGAGGCCAACCUCACGCGUCAUCAAGACCUCGUCAACAUGCGGGUCCUAAAGUACACUUUACAAACUUACAUUGAUGGCGCUACGUACCAAGGCUACUUGAUGACAAUCAGCAAUCUUGGCAAUCCCAAGUCUGAUCUGCGAUCUCUGCUCACCAAAAUGCCGCGCCUCACCUACGCGCACUACAUGUCUAUCCUGCAGCGGCUCCAUGCGCUGCCUGAACAGAUGGCGCAAAUAGAAGAGCUCAUGGCUCUCGGUGUCGAAAAGAACAUCACGCUGCACGAAUAUAACUUGAACAGACUGGAUAAGGAGUUGGGAGAGUUUAUUUCGGAUAUCCCUCGAGAAUCUCCGAUAUUUACUGAAUUUUUCCAGAAGUUACCUGAAACUUUUUUGCCAAGCGAAGUGGCCUCCCUGCAACACCAGGCAGCGGCGAUCAUUAGAGAUAAGAUAACUCCAGCAUUCAUGAAGCUGAAAAAUUUCAUGUCCACGAAGUACGUCCCUCGUAAGAACAUUGCCAUCACAUCGCUGCCAAACGGUGACAAACUUUACGCGCAAGCCAUCCAGUUCUACACGGGCCAGAACCUGUCGGCGCAGGAAAUCCACGAGACCGGACUGAAGGAGGUCCAGAGGAUAGCAGCCCUCAUGCAACAGUUGCAGGUGGUGUACGACCUGGGCUACAACCAGACACUGCGGGAGUUUGUGUCGCAGCUGCAGGACGACCCAAGCCAGCAGUUCUCCAGCGUAGAGGAGCUGCUCGCCACCUACAGACAUGUUGUCCACAACAUCACUAUACCCGCAGCAAAGCCGUUCUUCAACAAAAUGCCUGCAGCGCAACUGAAGGUAGAAGAACAGCCAGAUGCAGGAGGAGCGUUUCACGAAGCUGGAACUCCUGAUGGCACCCGACCAGGCACGUUCAAGAUUGGCACACGAAUUUUAUCUGCACACACGAAAUUACCUAUUGUGACCUUAUCCCUGCACGAAGGAGUCCCGGGGCACCAUUUACAGGGUUCUCAUGCACUCGAGUCCAGCUUUAUUCCAAACUUCAGACGGACCACUUUUCCAUCUGCCUACACGCAAAUGCCCUCCAGCUUCCCAACGCGUUCACUUUACAAUGAAGGCUGGGCGUUGUACGCAGAAAGCCUGGGCUUCGAAAUGGGCGUCUACGAAAAUCUGUGGGACCGACUCGGCCAUUACUCCGACGAAAUCUUCCGAGCGUGUCGACUUGUCGUCGACACCGGCAUCCAUGCUUUUGGCUGGUCAAAGGAGCAAGCAAUUCAGUACAUGUUAGUCUAUGUCAUCCGGCCUAGGUCUUUUAUUGAGGAUCAAGUUGACCGCUACAUCGCAUGGCCGGCUCAAGCCUUGUCUUACAAGAUCGGCCAAAUGCAGAUAUCUUCUUUCCGGGCCUCGGCAGAACAGCAACUCGGAGACAAGUUCAACCUCAAAGAUUUUCAUGACGUCAUCCUCAACAGCGUCGGACCAAUGGACCUUGUCAAGGAAGAAGUACAAGCCUGGGUCGACAGAGAGCUUGCGAAGUCAAAAUAACACGUUGACUCCCGUUACUUAAUCUUGUACACUCUCAUUUCCUUUUUUGUACUAUAUGAAUUUAUUAUGUACCACUACUUGCAGGAGAAAUACACUUCGUGGUACGCAUAUGUACCACUUCGGAGUCAAGGUAUCAAACUACUAAGAGAAAAGGGCGAGCGCAGAGUUUUGAAGUGAUAAAUCGCGUUUUGAGGUCAAUAUCGUCACCAAGAUAAUUUAUUUAUAUUGCAUUUUGUAUUAUUUGCUCCCAUGUA